AUGUGCAACCCAGAAGACAUAGUAAAGGAGGCUUCGAUAACUACUCCAGAUGCGAGGAGAUUCCCUUCAUUGGAAACUGCAUCAGGGCUGGAGGUUCCUAAGACAAUGUCUCCAAGGUCUUUAGAUGAUCUGAACGAGAUGUACAGAGAAAUGGAGUUUCCUACAAUAGAAGAGAGGAUGCUUAGAGACCACAUGGCCCUGAUAGAUGUUCUGAACAACUUGAACAUAGAGUACAAUAGAUACGGACUAACAGUCUCCUCGGAACUGGACGAACUAAGGAGGAAGCAGGAAGAAAUGGCGCUUCAUGACGAGUACGAAAGAGAAUGCGACGUCCUGGAGGUGGAACUGGCAAACAUGAAGCAGAAGUAUGAAGAAAUGCAGAAGUACAACCGCCACGACAUAGGUGACCUAAGGCACAAACUCGAUGAGCUUAGAAGGAUGUUUAAUGACAUGGAGUAUGAAAGAUCACACACAAGUCUCAUCAAUAGGAUAUUUGCAUUUCUAAGAGGAGAGGGCCCCGCAGACGAAGAAGUCACUAGCUCUCUUGCAUAUGUUAAGGAAGGCAGAGAGUACCUCAACACCAUUGAGAAAAUGCUUAUACUUGACGAGAUUGGGAGCAUGCCCGAUUCAUACAACAAAAUUGUUUGCCAGCAUCUCAUCCAUGAGGAAUCCGUUGGGCUGGACCAACUGGGAAAUGCUCUAGGUAUAGACAGAACAGCACUUCUAAGAAUAGUCUAUGGACUACUGAGUAAAGGAAUAGUUGUGUUUGACAGAUCAGAAGACAGGAUAUGCCUUCAGAGAUAG